GCGAUGGACUUGGUCAGGGUUUAAAGUAUUGGGAGAGGCCUACCAGGUACUAAGUAAUCCAGACCAACGGCAAGCUUAUGAUGCAUAUGGAAAAUCAGGAAUCUCAGUUGAUGCAAUUAUUGAUCCUGCUGCAAUUUUUGCAAUGCUCUUUGGUAGCGAGCUUUUCGAGGAAUACAUAGGACAGCUUGCAAUGGCAUCGAUGGCUUCGCUAGACAUUUUCACUGAGGGGGAGCAGUUUGAUGCUAAAAAAUUGCAAGAAAAGAUGAGGGUUGUCCAAAAAGAAAGAGAAGAAAAGCUUGCGGAAAUACUGAAAAAUCGACUCAACCAAUAUGUUCAGGGAAACAAAGAGGACUUUGUCAGGCAUGCUGAGGCUGAGGUAUUGAGACUGGCGAAUGCAGCUUAUGGAGUUGAUAUGUUGAAUACAAUUGGUUAUAUAUAUGUGAGGCAGGCAACACAACAGCUUGGGAAGAAAGCAAUUUAUCUUGGUGUGCCAUUCAUUGCUGAAUGGUUUAGAAACAAAGGUCAUUUUAUCAAAUCCCAAGUAACAGCAGCGACAGGUGCCAUCACUUUGAUCCAGCUGCAGGAGGACAUGAAAAAGCAACUCAGUGCAGAAGGAAACUAUACCGAAGAAGAACUUGAAGAAUAUAUGCAAUCCCACAAGAAAUUGAUGAUUGAUUCUCUGUGGAAGCUUAAUGUAGCUGACAUUGAAGCUACUCUGUCCCGUGUUUGUCUGAUGGUUCUUCAAGAUAACAAUGCCAAAAAAGAAGAGCUCCGAGCAAGAGCAAAGGGGCUAAAGACUCUUGGUAAAAUCUUCCAGAAGGCCAAGUCUGCCAAUGGAAAUGAGGGUGAGCCUUUGGCUGGUAAUGUACAACAACUCAAUGGUAGUGAACAAAACCAUCUUGCUGGUUCUCCUACUAGAUCACCAAUAUCUUUCAAUCCUGAAGAGGCAUCUUAUUCAACAUUUGCACCACAGAGUCCAUAUGUGGAGGCCCCCCAAUUUGCAGAUGCCCAGUUUAACGAUAAUUUCCCAAGGCCAACCGCUCCUCCAGGUGCACAGAGACAUCCAUGAACUGGCAGGGAUUGAGGAUGGAUGAAUUUGAUUAUCCGUGUGAAGUGCUUGUAUAAUACACCUAUUUUGAGUGUUAUCCAUCUUGAUGUUGCAGCUGGGGGAGGGUCUGAGUUCUCUAUUUGUUUGGAUGCAUUUGUAAUAGUUAUCUAGAAAGCCAAGUCCCAUUAGGCACAGUGUAAUCCUAUUCAUGGGAGAUAAAAGUAUUUUGUAUACAUAGGGAGGAAGGGAGAUUGUUGUAGAAAGUAUGGUAUUUCAUUUAUCCAUAGUUGGCUUCGAUUGGUUGUCUUGUUAUUGGACAUGGUGUAUUUUAGGUCUUCUUGACUGUUUUUUUUAUCCACAGGUGUAUAUUUUAGGUCCUAUUUUUACUUGAGAGAUUUCUUUAAGUCAUUACUUGGGAGAUGCUGUUUCAUUUAUGAAUUGUCGACCGUCGUUUGCCA